CCACUUCACAGCUGUCAAGCAGUCAGACUUCAUAGUACUACAGUCACGAUAGUAUCAGCUGUACUUUCAUGAAUAAGACAAAUUCAUUUUUCAGUUUCUUACAAUUACACGAUUUCAGGAAAACGUUUAGCGCUACCAGGGAAAACCUAAGAAACUUAAUUCGUUCACACGAAAUUUUUGCGGUGUUGGGGCAGGAGAAAGCAGUGGACUGUUUUCCUCCGUGGGAGAACGCGCUGUCUAUGGAUGGAGGCGUCCGCGCCAAUCCGUUCGGCGAGGUAGAGGAUGUCGUGUGCAAUGUGCGCCUCUCCAACAGCAGGAGGAGGAUCGGCCUGUGUGUUAGGGCUGCUGGACGGCGCUGGUCUCGGUGGAUGGACGCGUGUCUCCUGCUGGGCUCUCUGCUCCUUUUGCUCUCACACACAGCUGAUGCAUCAACAACUGCCAGUAAAAGUUCUCCAAUGGUCACCAAUCCACCCACCACAGCAGUCUCCCCCUACAGUCUCCAUAGAACCACACCGGCAAAAACUACCACCCGUCUGGAUACAACACCUGUCACAGCCUUUUCUGAUGACACAACACUGGAUGUAACAGCUGGCCAUGAAAACGCAACUUUGAAUACAACAGCCCAUCCAGACAACACAACAUCAAGCACAAAAGGUUUCUUCUACUGGAUGGUUCUUUCUGUUGAAGUCAUUGGUGAUGACAGGAAUGAAUCUCACAUAACAGAAUGGCUGAAGGAAACUCUUCUCACUCACCUGGACACCUGCGCAACACCUGACGGCCAACAGGUGAACAGCACAACCCCAACUCCCUCCAUCACAUCCAGCCAGCCUACCAUCAUGAGCUCUAACACAGCCUAUGAUCAAACCGGCCAAUCCGAUACAGCCACAGCCUUGGACGUCACCAUGGCAACCACUAUGUCCACUUCCACAACAGCAACAUCAUCCCACAUGUCCAGCCGUGGCCCUCUCCUCUCAUCAUCCCACAUGUCCAGCCGUGGCCCUCUCCUCUCAUCAUCCCACAUGUCUAGCAGUGACCCUCUCCUCUCACACAGCACAACGGUCUGGCCACAGAACCAGAGCACAACAGGAAACAGUACGGAAGCUGAGAAUGGGACAGACAGCAGUGUGUUUCAGGACAUUGAGGUCUGCUGUGAACAUACGGUGAACAUUAGUCAGACAGUAUGUACUGUCCUGGUGAAGCUUUCAUCUCCCAGACACCCUUGCUGCUUUAGGUAUUCCCUGUGGAAUGCCAGCCUUACCAAUAAUGAGCCUAUUUAUGCCAGCAUCCUCAACAACACCGUCAAACUCCUCAAAGGCGUUUGGCAUAAUGACAGCACAUCAUUACCCCCUGGUGGAGAUGCCAAGAAGUGCAACAGCUCACUGGCUUCCUCAGAGGACUGUAGGAACUCCUCCCCGGUCAACUGCACCAUUAGUGGGGAAAGUCAGACCGUUGACAGUGCGAGUGACUGCCCCAGUGAGUUUGAGGUUUCAGGACCUUGUAACUGUCCUCAGAACUGCAGCACUGCUGCUUACUAUGGAAUGGCCCUAAAAAUCAACAACCCCUCUAUCACACCGUCAAACAUCACGUCAAUGGUCAACCAACUCAAUCACUUCUCCUGCGAUGCAUCUAACUCCAACUCCACCUGUCUGGCCUUGUUUAAGGUUUCAAAAGUCUAUGAGAAAAACUUGUUGUUGAGGAGCACUGAACCUGGCCCGCCUGUGUUUUGGUUGAUUCUGAAGCUCUCUAAAGAAGUGAGCAUCAGUACAGUAGACAAUGCUGUACAGUGGGCACUCUCCGCUCUGCUCCAGUCAAUCAAUAUCACCAAGAUGGCCCGUCGUGUUGUCUAUUGUGGUGGAGAUGAGGUCCCCUCAAGUAAAGUCCGGUCGACGGAGCUGAGUCUCACCUUCUUGCAGUUCUGCAGAGCUGGCCCUGCUGUCCAGAGCAUCCUCCAAUGCCACAAGGGGGAGAUGCUGAUAGUGGAGUUUAAAGAUCCUGGACCUGCCCACCGCCCAAGGACCACCACCACUCCCCUAAUAGCCAGUACCCGUGCCACGGCGAUCCCCGUCUCCAGUGACACAACCUGCUCUACAACAUCUGCAGGAGAGAUCAGAACCACCAGCACAGCUCCAGCAAACAACAGCAGCACUGCAGCCACACAGACGUCAUCAAGAACCCCCGUCACUACCGUCACAACCCCACCAACCGUUAGUAAUUUCGUAAAUCCAUCGGCCGCCACUACUGUUACAACCCCAUCGACCGUUAGUAAUGUCGUAAAUCCAUCGGCCGCCACUACUGUUACAACCCCAUCGACCGUUAGUAAUGUCGCAAAUCCAUCAGCCAUCACUACUGUCACAACCCUAUCAACCGCCACUACCAUCACAAACGCAGUGAUCAUCCAAACAGUAACCAAAGUUCCUCUGACCACCACGGCAGCGAGCAGCGCUGAGGAGGAAGCUGACAAACUCCUGGCUCUGACGCGGGACGUCUCCUCACUCAACUCCUCCCAGGUGGAGCAGCUGGUGUCCCAGCUGGAGGCCCUGCUGUCUGGGCCCAACGUAAGCCUGGCCCUGGGCCGCACCUCCGUCAACAUCGUCAGCAACCUGCUGGACGCCACCGCAGACACGCUCGCCUCCUCCGCCACCAGGUUGAUCAGGAUCGUGGACGCCGUGGGGCUGAAGCUAGUGCUAACGGAACAGACCCAGAGCAUCCUGUUUGACUCUCUAGCCCUGGCUGUGAGGAGGGUGGACGGGACCAACUUCCGGGAGACCACCUUCUCUCUCACGGACGCCACCAACCUGCAGAACGGCCUCAGAGAGGCGCGGUCGGUUUUGGGAGUGAAGGGGCGCGCCGACACACCCCAGGGCUCCAUCACUCUGCCCUCCACCCUAACCCAGAACCUCAGCCCCCAGCAGCAGCAACAGGCAUCCAGGCUACAGUUCAACUUCUACCAGCGCAGCACACUUUUCCAGGAUCGGACGCUGGCGCUGGGAAAUAGAACACUCAACAGCGGUAUACUGAGCACCAGUGUUGCCAACCUGUCACUCUCCGGUCUCGAAGACGACAUCAUCAUCACUCUGAGAAACAACGAAAAACAAAAACAGGAGAACAGCACUGUCUGUGUCUUCUGGGAUUUCACAUUCAAUGAUGGCUCUGGGGGCUGGAACUCUAAUGGCUGCUCAGUUCUCAAUGUCACAGAUGAGCAGACAACCUGCAGCUGCAACCACCUCACCAGCUUUGGCAUCCUCCUGAACCUGAAUGGACCCAUUGACCAACUGCAGGCCCUCAUCCUGACCUACAUCACCUACAUUGGCUGUGGCCUAUCCGCCAUCUUCCUCUCUCUGACCCUGCUCACAUACCUGGCCUUUGGUAAACUGCGUAAGGACAUCCCGUCUAAGAUCCUGAUCCAGCUGUGUUUUGCGCUGCUGCUGCUGAACCUGGUCUUCCUGCUGGAUGCGUGGCUGGCACUGUACACUGAGGCUGUGGGGCUCUGCAUUAGCACCGCCUUCUUCCUCCACUACUUCCUGCUCUGUGCCUUCACCUGGAUGGGUCUGGAGGCCGUGCACAUGUACAUCGCCCUGGUCAAGGUCUUCAACAGCUACAUCUCACACUUCAUGCUCAAGUUCAGCCUUGUUGGAUGGGGUGUUCCUCUCGCAGUGGUCAUCAUUGUCAUUGCCAUCGAUAAGGACAACUAUGGCCUUCGCAACUACGGGAAGUACUCAGAUUCGGCCGGUGAUGAAUUCUGCUGGCUGAGGAACGAUGUGGUGUUCUACGUGACGGUGGUGGCCUACUUCUGCGUGAUCUUCCUGGUGAACCUGGUGAUGUUCGUGGUGGUUCUGGUCCAACUGCGGCGGCUCAAGCGGCAGAACCCUCACAACUCUCUACACCGCAGCAGGCUGCAAGAGGCGCGGAGUAUCGCCGGACUCACCGUGCUACUCGGUCUCACCUGGGGCUUCGGCUUCUUCACCUUCUUCGCCGAGAACGACGUCAACCUGGCCUUCAUGUACCUGUUCUGCAUCUUCAACACAUUCCAAGGGUUCUUCAUCUUUGUGUUCCACUGUGCCUACAAGGAAAACGUCAGGAGAUAUUGGAGAACGUACUUGUGCUGUGGCAAGCUGAGACUGUCUGAGAAAUCGGACUGGAGCCGGACUGCGACUCAGAACAAGAACCGGGCCAUCUCCCAGAAUUCCAGCUCUUCUUCCACCUCCCUGGCGCCCGACCUCUCCAUCCGCACUCAGAGCACACGAGGCCCUUCUGAUGACCGAAUGAUGCCGGAGUCCAACUCGGACGUCGUCCACAACGAGAUCAACAACCAGUAUCACAACCCCUCCCAGGCCAACUGGAUCACAAACCCCUCCUACUCCACGGGGUCGUAGGUCACAGGUCAGAAGUGACUCUCAGCGGCCCACUGUCUGACUGAAACCGUAUUAUGAAAGACUCUCCCUCUGAUAUACUUCAAGCAAUUUUCAACGUCUACAAGCUAGCUCUAAGGGCAACUGAACACUGCACAUAUUUCCCUUCUUCAAUGUACCUGACCUCUGACCUGUGACUGAUCUCGCCAACGCUGCAUUUUACAUAUGUCCCCUCAGCAAUGUACCUGACUGACCUCAUCAGAUCUGCUUUAAUUAAUGUAGCCUGGCUUCAGGAGGAUCCUGAAGCAGACAGAAAUGGAACCCAGAAGGAUUAGGAUUGAGAUGCUCUGAAGGGAGAGGAGAAUUGAUCUAUUCUUAGGGACGAUCUAUUCUUUGGGCCGACGGAAAAAAGAUGACCUGUUCUUCAUUUGGAACUGGAGCGCCCCCCUGAGGUUGAAACUGGAAAUGAAUUAGUCUUCCAUGAGUCUUUCCCUUCGCAAACUAUCUUUCAAUUUCUUAGUCUGUCAACAUAUUCUGUAUAUUGUAUAUAUGCCAUUACCGUGUAAUUUUCUCACUUUGUGAAUUUUUAGAUUCAUAUAAAUUCGUAUUAGAUCCACUCUUAGCAAAGACAAAGAUGAUAUGAUCAUGAUAUGAUAUCUCUUACAGCAUAUUCACAUGUACACAACUACACUCUACUGCACCCCCACUACCCAGAGGUGAAGACUGGGGCCUGGGGACUGGGGGGGGCAGGGGGGUUGAGUUGGGUUUGUCCAGUAUAGAUCAGUAUAGAGUCAGUACAGCCCACCAAUCAAGACACCACCUGGGUGGUGCAGGUGAGGUUUCCAUGGCGUCCACUUUACCUGUAAAACACGUGCUCUUAGUAUAUCCGUCCUCAGAGAAUGACAAAAUGGUUGGUUGUUUAAAAUAAAUGCUUUGUAAUAGUAAAGAUUCUUGUGCACAUAUGUUUAUUUAUGUAUAUUUUUUAUAGAGGCCUUCUGAUUACUGUACAAUUAUUUUUUAAUCUCAAAAGAUAUUAAAGCGCAUUUAUUUAAGCUACAAA